AUGGCCGAACACAAAGUCUACAUCGACGAGGAUGUUGGCAAGGACGAUUCCUCGGCCACUGGCGCCGAAACUGCCCCUUACAAGACUGUCCUGCAUGCGAUGCUGCAGCACGCGCCCACCACCGAAGGAAUCCAAUACCUCACGCGCAAAUCCGUGACUGGACCGGUUGAGAACGACAAUGAAGCGUCCCGCUUGGAAUGGAAGCCCCCGUCUGCAUCGGGGAUGAAGAAAUUCCUCAAGUCGUACGAAGGAGCCAAGAAGAAAGCCGCCAAGGCCGAUGAACUGGCCAUUCGGGAAAAGGCAGAGUGGGAGAAGCGCCAGGCUGUGCUUGAGGAUGCCAAAAAGGUUGUGCUCAAGGAAGAUGCGUCGCUGCCCAAGCCGGUGCGCAUCCGCCUCGACGUGACGGAUCCGGCUACCGUAAAGCUACGCGCGCCGGAAUCGAGCGAGCCAGGCACUCGAGUUCGCGUGCUGGGGCGUGUUCACCGUCUUCGGUCUCAAAAGGAUGUCAUCUUUUUGACUCUAUCGGAUGGCUAUGGGCUGCUGCAAUGUAUCCUGACGGGCGACUUGGUCAAGACGUACGAUGCCAUGACCCUGACGCUGGAGACGGCGAUUGCCAUCCAUGGCGAGAUGCGCGCUGUUCCCCCCAAGCAACACGCCCCCGAUGACCGAGAGCUUCAUGCCGACUUUUUCACCAUCAUCGGCAAGGCCCCCGGCGACAAGGAGACCAUCACCAACCGCGUAUCAGCCAACGCCGAACCCCAGACUCUCUACGACAACCGGCAUCUUGUCCUGCGCGGAGAGACGUCAUCUGCAGUGAUGAAAGUGCGAGCCGCGACGCUACGGGCUUUCCGGCGAACAUUCGAGGACACCAAAAUGCUCGAGGUGACGCCGCCAUCAAUGGUGCAGACACAGGUCGAGGGAGGCAGCACACUGUUCUCGUUCGACUACUACGGCGAGCCGGCGUACCUGACACAGUCGUCGCAACUGUACCUGGAGACAUGCCUGGCAUCGAUGGGCGACGUGUUUUGCAUCUGCCCUUCGUUCCGCGCCGAAAAGUCGCUGACGCGCCGACAUCUGGCGGAAUACACUCACAUUGAAGCCGAACUGGACUUUAUCACGUUCGGCGACCUGCUCGACCAUCUCGAGGUGGUCAUUGUCAAGGUCCUCGAUUUAUUGUUUGCGGACCCGCAGAUUGCGCAGUUCAUCAAAACGCUCAACCCGGACUUCAAGAGACCAAACCGCCCUUUCAAGCGCAUGCGCUACUCGGACGCUAUCGAAUGGCUACGCGAGCACGAGAUUGUCACCGACGAGGGCAAGCCGCACGAGUUUGGCGACGACAUCGCCGAGGCUGCUGAACGCCGCAUGACCGACAUCAUCAACGAGCCCAUUUUCCUGACGCACUUCCCCGCCGAGAUCAAGGCGUUUUACAUGAAAAAGGAUAUUAACGAUUUGCGCGUCACCGAGAGUGUCGACGUGCUGAUGCCCGGUGUUGGCGAGAUUAUUGGCGGCAGCUGCCGUAUUGAAGACUACGACGAGCUGCUGGCUGCGUAUAAGCGUGAGGAAAUGGAUGCUGGGCCAUACUACUGGUACACCGACCAGCGCAAGUACGGAACCUCCCCUCACGGCGGCUACGGUCUGGGUCUCGAGCGUUUCCUGGCCUGGGUUUGCGGUCGAUACACUGUGCGCGAGUGCUGUUUGUAUCCCCGAUUCACUGGGCGCUGCACUCCUUGA